AGCAGCUCUCCCCCCGACCAAGCGCUUGCUCGACUACCUGCCACCAUGGCACCAUCGACUCGCUCGGCUCUCGCAGCCUGCCUCCUGGCGCUCGUCGCCCUCCUCGUCACCCUCAGCCCCGUCGCCGCUCAGAAGGAGGAGUACGGCACCGUUAUCGGUAUCGACCUCGGAACAACCUACUCUUGCGUCGGUGUCCAGCGCAACGGUCGCGUCGAGAUCAUCGCCAACGACCAGGGCAACCGCAUCACCCCGUCCUACGUCGGCUUCGCGGCCGGCUCUGGCGAGCGCCUCGUCGGCGACGCCGCCAAGAACCAGGCGCCGUCCAACCCGACCAACACGGUGUUUGACGCCAAGCGCCUCAUCGGCCGCCGCUUUGACGACAAGGAGGUGCAGCGCGACAUGAAGCACUACCCGUUCAAGGUCAAGGCGGGCUCGAUGCACCAGCCGGUCGUCGAGGUCAAGGUCGGCGAGCAGUCCAAGACGUUCACGGCCGAGGAGGUGUCGGCCAUGAUUCUCGGCAAGAUGAAGGAGACGGCCGAGACGUACCUCGGCAACAAGGUGACGCACGCCGUCGUCACAGUCCCGGCCUACUUCAACGACGCGCAGCGCCAGGCGACCAAGGACGCCGGCACGAUCGCGGGCCUCAACGUCCUCCGCGUCGUCAACGAGCCGACGGCGGCCGCGAUCGCGUACGGCCUCGACAAGACGGGCGGCGAGCGCAACAUCAUCGUGUACGACCUCGGCGGCGGCACGUUCGACGUCUCGCUCCUCUCGAUCGACGACGGCGUGUUCGAGGUGCUCGCGACCGCGGGCGACACGCACCUCGGCGGCGAGGACUUUGACAACCGCGUCAUCGACCACUUUGUCAAGGUGUGGCGCCGCAAGCACGACGGCCAGGACAUCACCAAGAACCUGCGCACCAUGGGCAAGCUCAAGCGCGAGGUCGAGAAGGCCAAGCGCACCCUGUCGUCCCAGAUGUCGACCAAGAUCGAGAUCGAGUCGUUCUUUGACGGCGAGGACUUUAGCGAGACGCUCACGCGCGCCAAGUUUGAGGAGCUCAACCUCGACCUGUUCCGCAAGACGAUGCGCCCGGUCGAGCAGGUCCUCAAGGACGCCAACUUCAAGAAGGAGCAGGUCGACGACAUUGUCCUCGUCGGUGGCUCGACCCGCAUCCCCAAGGUCCAGGAGCUCCUCCGCGAGUACUUCAACGGCAAGGAGCCGACCAAGGGCAUCAACCCGGACGAGGCGGUCGCGUACGGCGCGGCCGUCCAGGGCGGCAUCCUGUCGGGCGAGGAGGGCCUCGGCGACGUCGUCCUGAUCGACGUGUGCCCGCUCACGCUCGGCAUCGAGACGACCGGCGGCGUCUUUACCAAGCUCAUCCCGCGCAACACGGUCAUCCCGACCAAGAAGUCGCAGAUCUUUUCGACCGCGGCCGACAACCAGCCGACGGUCCUCAUCCAGGUCUUUGAGGGCGAGCGCGCCAUGACCAAGGACAACAACCACCUCGGCAAGUUUGAGCUCAACAGCAUCCCGCCGGCGCCGCGUGGCGUCCCGCAGAUCGAGGUCACGUUCGAGGUCGACGCGUCUGGCAUCAUGAAGGUGUCGGCGUCGGACAAGGGCACGGGCAAGUCCAACUCGGUGACGAUCACCAACGACAAGGGCCGGCUCUCGCCCGAGGACAUUGAGCGCAUGGUGGCCGACGCCGAGCGUUUCGCCGAGGAGGACGAGCUCGUCAAGAAGAACAUCGAGUCGCGCAACGCGCUCGAGAACCUCGCCUACUCGCUCAAGGGCCAGCUCGCCGACCAGGAAGGGCUCGGCGGCAAGCUCGACUCGGCCGACAAGAAGGAGGUCGAGGCUGAGAUCAAGAAGGUGCAGGACUGGCUCGACGAGCACGGCGCGAGCGCCAGUGCCGAGGACUUUGACGAGCAGCGCGAGCAGCUCCAGGCGGCUGUCGCCCCCAUCACGGCCAAGAUCUACUCGGGCGCCGGCGGUGCUGGCGACGACUCGGGCUCGUACUCGCACGACGAGCUCUGAGCGCCUUUGUCGUCGUCUCUCGAGCACGAGGUGGGCGCUUGUCGGAGCGAGUUCAGGGCUGAACGAGCGAGGGAGGACGAGCAGGAGGAGGUACAAAAGCAGCAGCAAGCACAACCGCAACGAGUUUCCCCUUUCUUUCCGUGUC